AAAGGAAACCAGCGUAGUAUUUAAGCCGAUGAUCAAAGAGUAGGUAGAUCGUACCGGAUCAACCCUUGGCUAGCGAAGAUGCCGCUACACUCGCACCUUACAUUAUAGCUCAACAGGGCGUCACAAUCGUAUGAUAUUCGAGCACAUCUCAUGAUUCAUGAACGGAUGUACAUGUACAGGACCAAGUAUAUAUAUGCAGCCAUUCAUGUGAUUGUAAAACCCCAAACUAUAAAUAGACCAGGAAAAUAUAUGCUAAAAUUAAACAUCUGAUAAAAAUGAACAUUCUGGCAUAAAGGAAUCCAAAACUAGUAUUUAAGCCGAUAUCAACCUGCUUUCGGCAGUUUAAAAACCAACAUGGAAUCUGAGGCUGGUGAAUCGUGUGAAAAUGCUGCUAAUUUACAGACAAGAAUUGUUAUUGAGGAUAGAUUGAAUGAGGAAAUCAAUGAAAAUACACCUGACGAAGAUUAUUGUUUGCGGUGUCAAGCAUCAGAGCGUCUCGGUAUAUAUUCUGCUAAAAACGGAUAUUGUGUAAAAGUAUUGCAGUCGUGCAUUAUGACAAAGCAGGGAUGUGUCUGUGUCCUCUUUCUGUUAUUGAUGUUAUUUGGAACAGGAAUCGGUAUCGGUAUCUCCUUGUCCAGGAUGCAAACAGAAGUUGUAUGUCUAACACCCCUGGGACAACAUGAGAACACAAACAAUUCAUCAAAGAUACUGCAGGAAAUUGGUACAGACAAACCCUCACAAACAUUUCCAUACAAACGCCAGAUGGAAAGCAUUGAUUUUAAUAUGGCAAAUCGUAAUAACUUGGGAUUGUCCUACAGUGAAGGGGUACAACCCGCUCUAAUGUUUAGGGAUGGUGGUGUGUACAACGUUUCAGUGAGCGUCAUGUAUGACGAAAAAUACUGCAGAGGUAGCUAUCCUUCAGGAACGAUUCACUUGCGCAUAGAGAGGGCUGAAGACAGAUCCAAGGUCGGCAACGAUUUCAGCGAUUCUUUUAGUAGACAUGCGGACAAAACAUGGUAUGUUUACGGUGUGAUAUCAACGAAAAUAGAAAUGCAGCGAGGGAAUGGAUUAAGGUUUAUUACUGACUAUCGUGAUUGCAUCAAAGCAGACGAAUCAAACUUGGAGAUGGAAAAGCUCAGUCAACUUUGACAUUGAAGAUGCUCGAUUUACGCAUGAUCAACUCGCAUCAUACAAACACAAUCAAAAACUCACUCCGGCUUCAUCAACUCGCAUAAUACAAACACAAUCAAAAAAUCACUCCGGCUUCAUAAACCCGCAUAAUACAAACACAAUCAAAAACUCACUCCGGCUUCAUCAACUCGUAUCAUACAAACACAAUCAAAACUCACUCCGGCUUCAUCAACUCGCAUCAUACAAACACAAUCAAAAUCUCACUCCGGCAUCAUCAACUCGUAUAAUACAAACACAAUCAAAAACUCACUCCGGCUUCAUCAACUCGCAUCAUACAAACACAAUCCAAAACUCACUCCGGCUUCAUCAGCUCGCAUCACACAAACCCAAUCAAAAACUCACUCCGGCUUAAUCAGCUCGCAUCAUACAAACACAAUCAAAAACUCACUCCGGCUUCAUCAGCUCGCAUCACACAAACACAAUCAAAAACUCACUCCGGCUUCAUCAACUCGUAUAAUACAAACACAAUCAAAAACUCACUCUGGGUAUGUUUUGAAAUAUUUUAUAAUUGGUUUUGGUCGUCUGUGGGAUAGAAAGACUGAAAUAUAUAGUUUUAACACUAGUCAACAGAAUUAUGCAGUUAAAAAAUGACAAAUGAAAUUGUCAAAAAAAAGAAAUGGAAUCCAGGUUGACACAAGGUUACAGUGACGAAAUUGAGGGAUAUUCCUUACAAUUAAACGAGAUGACGAAACCAGUAGUUGUUUGUAGAAAGUAUUUUAAAUGUACCUAAUAAAUCAAAGUGCGAUUGUUACCAGGGACCGGCGGUGACCGGCAUUGAUGUAUGAGGAGAGUGGGUGUACGAUUCUGUGUGAUAUCCCAUUACCUUAUUUCGCUACCUGUGGAGAGCAUUUAGUGAUAUCUGGCGUAUGAAUGGCAUGUUUAAACAAAUACAGAAUGGUUGAUGAAAUAUUACGUAAAAUUACAUCAUGAAUGCAAAGUCGGUCAUACAAUCUGAGGCCAGUCAUUGGGGGCAUUUAUCAGUAAAUGUGCUUUUGUUGGUACAUACAAAGAAAGUAUUCAUGACAAUUAUGCAUUUAUGACAAUAAUAGGGUAAAGCAAAAAGGAAGGGACUUUAUAUAGAUAUAGAUAUAUAUAUGCCAGAUAAAAACUCUUCUUUGACUCUUCAUGUGUUGACUAUGGCAUAGCAACAAAACAAUUGAUCAUAUUAGUAUAUAAGUUCAUCAUUUUUUUUAUACCGUACUGAGUCGAACUAAGAACCAUUUGUAUGCGUCAACUAACUGUGGCCCCAUUCAUAGUCAUUUUUAAUGUCAAAUUAUGCAUUGUUUGUGACGCCUUUGGCGAGGGGACACCAGUCUCUUACAUAUGUAUAUAGAUUUAUUAUCUGUCCUGUCAAAUGUGAUCAACUUAGAUCAUUUAUUCUGUUGUGAUAUGAUCAACUGUCUCAAACUUGAAUUGAUAUCAGAUAUAGAUCUAAAGAAUAAAUUUUAAAAUGUUAACUAUGUUCUUUUAAGUACUUAAAAAUAUUAAUUCCGUUUUGAUAUUGAACAUUCUUAUUUUUACUUUACUAAUUAUGAAGCUAGAGAUGCGUGUUUGCAAUUUAAACUGUAAGUUGUUUAAAUCAUAUUAUUCGAAAACGAAAAAUUUACAAUGGAGCAAUUCUUUUUAGAAAAUAAAAGUAUCAAUGAUAUAUUUCACGUAUUAGAGGGAGGACAAAGAGGGAUUAAUGUCAGUUUGACAUUUUUCUAGUUUGGUUCUUUCUUUUUUUUUUUAGAUAAUUAUACAUAUAUUUUUGUAAAGAAUGUUUUAUGUCAAUAACCUUAAAAUUAAGUUAAUAUAUGUAUUUGUAUGCCAUUAUCAUGUUUCAAAUUUUCAUAUUAAGAAUGCAUGGACGUGCCAGCAUGUUGUACUUGAAUGCAGCAUUGUCUAAAUGUUUUAAGUUUAAGCCUGUCAGGACCUGACAAUGAUGACGCCAUUUAAUAUUUUCAGCAGUAUAUCAAAAUAUGUUUUUCGUAUAAACACGGCCUUGUUAAAGUCACAUCAUCAUACAUUUUCCCCAUCUUUUUACUACCUGGUCGCGUUGGCGUGACUCCGUCCGCCAUUUUGACGUACAGCGACACCCCGUCUCCUAGGUGUGUUACGCCGUGCUUACACGAACAACUACGGUUAUAGAUUUUAGAUUUUCUCACUGAAUCUGUUUAGAUUUUUUCUAUUAAUUCACAGUAUGAAAUGUGUUAUUGUAUUUUGUAAUAGUUUUGUACUUUAAGCAUAUUAUUAAAGUUAUAACAUAAAAUGAAAGGUUUCUUUAUUAUUGUAACAUUUAAUACGAUGCCUAUUUACCUAGUAAGAAGCGUAAUAUGUGACAAAGAGUUUUACAAUGUUCUGCAAGCCUUGAGAACCGGACGAUGGACUUGAUGAAUAAAGCGAACGCAACAUCACAUCUCUUACAUCUGGGA